AUGGAAGGUGAAAAUCACUUAAAAUGUUUCAGACUACAUCGUUUUGGAAACAUUUCGAAAUCUGAUUAUGUUAUUUUGGGGAUCGACGAGGCUGGAAGAGGCCCUGUUCUGGGUCCAAUGGUUUAUGGAGGUUUUUUUUGCACAAAAGGCGACAAUUGUAAUUCUAUACUCAAAAAUAAGAUAAAAGUUGAUGAUUCUAAAAAGUUAUCUGAGUCCAUGAGGGAGAAUAAAUUUUACCAGCUAAACGAUCCUGAUCAUCCAUUUGGAGUUGUUGCCGAGGUGAUAACUCCACAGUAUAUUAGCUAUAAAAUGCUUCAAAGAGAAAAAUAUAAUCUGAACGAGAUAUCUCACGAUACUGCAAUAUCGAUUAUUCGUCAUGUUCUAUCUCAUGGUUAUAAUCUAAAAGAAGUUUACAUAGAUGCAGUUGGCACAGUUAACAAAUAUGAAUCUAAACUCUCCAAGAUGUUUCCAAAGAUACAAUUCUCUGUUCGGGAGAAAGCGGAUUCUAUAUAUCCCACAGUUAGUGCUGCUUCAAUUGUUGCUAAAGUAAUAAGGGAUAACAUAAUAAAAACGUGGAAAUUUGACUUUGAGGUUGAAAAUAUAGGUUCUGGAUACCCUGGUGAUCCUUACACCAAGGACUUUCUGACGAAGAACAUGGACAAAAUCUUUGGCUUCCCUGACAUUGUCCGUUUCAGCUGGUCCACCGCGAGUAAUUUAUUGAAUGGAUCAGAGAGUGUUGAGGUCGACUGGUAUGAUGAAGAGAAUUUUCCUUCAAAAAAGAGCGAUUUGCCCGCUCCUCUGUGUUAUACUAUAAAAAAUGUAACAAAAUUGUAA